AAUUUUGUUUUAAUUUUGCAGCUCAUUUACAGCAAAUGUCAAAUAAUGUAGAAGUGUUGGCUAAAUUACAAAAAGAGAAAGAAUUAUUUGACCAAGCCUUAAGACAGAAAGUCCAAGAUUUAAUACAUUUAAGAGUGAAAUUAGUUGAACAACAUCAGAAAACUGUCCUAGAGCUGAAUGAUCUACAAAAAAGAAUUUUAGACACAGAAUUAAUUCGAUGGAAGAGAGGACAGCAGUUAGCUGGAAAUGGUGUUCCAUUUGAGAAUAACUUGGAUCAAAUUCAAGAAUGGUGUGAAGCUCUGGCUGACAUCAUAUGGCAAAACAGACAGCAAAUCAGACAGGUUGAAAGUCUUUGUGCUUAUAUUUCACUCAGUAUGCCUCCGAAUACCUUAGAAAAGCUGCCAGUCUUAAACUCACAAAUAACUGGUCUACUUUCUUCACUUGUUACAAGCACAUUUAUCAUUGAGAAACAACCACCUCAAGUCAUGAAGACAAAUACUAGAUUUACAGCGACUGUAAGACUUUUAGUUGGUUCAAAAUUAAGUGUUUACAUGACUCCACCUCAAGUGAAAGUUGCCAUUAUUAGUGAAGCACAAGCCAUUGCUUUGCUGAAGAAUGACAAAGUUGGACCAGGGUAUGACAAGGAAGCUAGUGGUGAUAUUUUAAACAACAUUGGGACAAUGGAGUAUCAUCAAGCCACACGGCAAUUAAGUGUUAGUUUUAGGAAUAUGCAAUUGCGAAAAAUUAAAAGAGCAGAGAAGAAGGGUACGGAGUCUGUGAUGGAUGAAAAAUUUUCGUUGUUGUUUAAAUCGGAAUUCAAAGUUGGAGGUGGUGAAUUAGUUUUUCAAGUAUGGACAUUAUCUUUGCCUGUAGUUGUAAUAGUUCAUGGAAACCAAGAGCCUCAUGCAUGGGCUACUGUGACAUGGGAUAAUGCCUUUGCCGAGCCAGGACGUGUACCUUUCCAAGUUCCGGAAAAAGUUAGCUGGAGUGAAGUUGCCGAAGUUCUCAGCACAAAAUUCAAAGCUGCCACUGGUAGGGAACUAGUAGAAGAAAACUUGCAGUUUCUGCAAGGCAAAGUUUUUAGAAAUGCACAAUAUCAAGAUGGCUCAAUGAUGUUAACAUGGUCACAGUUCUGUAAAGAGCCUUUACCUGAAAGGAGUUUCACUUUCUGGGAGUGGUUUUAUGCGAUAAUGAAAAUAACACGAGAACAUCUUCGAAAUCUUUGGAAUGAUGGUUUGAUCCUAGGAUUUGUUGGUCGACAUCAGGCUGAAGAAAUGCUCCUCAAGAACUGCAAUGGGACGUUUUUAUUACGUUUCAGUGAUUCAGAACUUGGAGGUGUUACUAUUGCAUGGGUAACAGAUGCUCAGAAUAGAGAAGGCCAAGAAGUUUUCAUGGUUCAGCCUUUUACAAGUAGGGAUUUUGGUAUAAGAAGUUUAGCUGACCGUAUUAGUGACCUUAAGAAUCUCCUAUAUCUGUAUCCUGAAACACCUAAAGACCAAGCAUUUGGCAAAUAUUAUACACCCUAUACAGAAAAUCAACCACCAUCAGCAAAUGGUUAUGUUAGACCAGUUUUGGUGACUCAAAUACCUGGCUGGGUAGGGUCUUGCGGUUUUGACAGCUACCCUGGCACACCUCAGUCCGUCCUGCAGUCUCCUGAUCCUGGUUAUCAUGAUCAGCACAGUUCUUCAGACAUGCAGGCUGGGGCUCGGUUUGCCGAGAUGGACUACGACCUUCUCAAUAUGGAUUUUGUUCCAGAAGAUGACCCAGUUGAUUUCUCCUGUAUUAAUGUGUCUGACCUUGUAGCUUAUACUCAGUCCUCAUGAAAUGCCAAAUCUUUCUUUCAUCAUCUAGAAGUUUUGUGAUUGAAUCCACUACUAUUAAAUCAGUCAAGCUUGUUACAUCACAAGAGUCAUAUUUUAUGAGGUGCAUUCUGGCUGUGACUCUUAUCUGCUUUUUUUCAUGAGUGUGUAAAAAAUACAUUGCUUAUAACUUUUCCCUGCUAUUACAUUAGUGAUUCUACUUUUGCAAAAGAUGUUGAAAAAUCUAUUACAUCAAACAAAAUUCUGUUUUUUGAUGUAGUAGUCUUUAGAUGUUUUGUUAAUUAGCAAUUUAAAAUGUUGCAUAUUUUAAAUAAUAUUUUUGUAGGCUGCAGCAUGUGAUUUUAGAGUUAACUAUAAAUUGUUUAUUCUGUGCUUUUUGAUAUUAGAAGUACAGUCAUGCCCCUCCACAUUGGAGGGGGAAGGAUGAAUUAUUAAUAAGUUACAAGAAACUCAUGCUUGUAAUUACAAAACUCACUCAAAACAAGAUGUUGAAUUGCUGGGGGAAAAAAAAAAAAUCAGUAUUGUCUUGGAUAAUUUUUAUUUGUGUUUAUGAGCACAAAUAUACAGACCUAGGUUUCAUUAUUAUGUGUAUUUUUUAAAAAAAAAAAGUUGUCAACUUUCAGUUAAGCAGAAGCGACAUUUUCGGUUGACUUAAAAUCAAGGUUAAUCUGAAAGCUUUUUAAAACUUAAAAAAAGGGGAAUAACCUACAUUCUAAUUAAGAGAAAAGUCCUAUAAACAAUUUACCUGUAUUUUCAAGCAAUUCGGUUGGGAGAAUAAAUUUAUUUGAUUAAGCAAAUUAAAUUAGUAUUCAGAGUUCUCUCCCUCCUUCUUUGGGCCCUCUUGUGGCUGAGUGGUAAAGUUACUGAACACUGAUAAUUCAAACUGGGUUUGAUUCUAGAUGAAUGGAUUUGCUGCAGGGCCAUUUUCGUGGUUUCCCCAUGUGUUUCAUGGAUAUUUGCCAGUUUUCCUUAGCAAAUCAUCCAGAGUCCUGGAGGAAAGUCUUUUAGAAAAGUCAUGGAAAGUCCCUUAGAAAAUCAUCCAUACCUAUAUUGUGCUUUGCCAUAAUUAAAUGAACCAAAUCAAACCUCUUUCUGCUUCCUCACUUAAUGAUGCACAUUUCUUUUGUUUUUUUUGUUUACGUUACUAUUUUAAUUUGGUAGGCAUCAUUGUCAAGAAGAAAAUUAAUGGAUAUGAAUUUAGUUUGUUUUUUUUUAAAGUUAAUAAUUUACUUUUAAUAUUUUCUCAGAUAUUGUUAUAACAUUAUCUGCUAUCAUUGUUAUAUUAGCUGAUGUACAUUUUUCAUAGAAUUUUUUAUGCUGUGCUGGUGUUUUGUGUUAAUUAAAAAUGCUCGGAGAGUGUGUAAUGGUCCAGAGGGCCAGUCAAAUGCUUGUGCCAGGAAAUAGUUUUAAAUAUCUGAGGCAAUCGUAUAAGUGCAUGAUGGCAGUGAAAUACUUGUCUGCUAUGGAAAAAGUCUACAUUUGACCCUCAAGGUCAUUUAUCACCUUCAAGUACAUUGGGGCCUCAUAGCAUGGUACUUCUUGACUGUAUUGAUAGGUGGUGCAUCUAUAUAGAUAGAUAGUGUAAUAGGUGGGAAUAUGAGUAACCAGCAAAAUACCAAGGAAUCUGCAAGUUAAUGCACAGGGCUGCCACAGCUGUAUCUGUAUCAUGUUUUUUGAAUUAAAGUGAUUAAGUGAGUGACUUAUUUUGUAUUUGAAUGAUUUUGCAUCAAGCUUCAGAAGUGGAAAAAAUAUUCAUUUUGUUAGUUGAGAGUAGUAUUCAUUUUUGGUAGUUGAGAGUAGUAUUCAUUUUGAUAGUUGACAGUAAUAGUUUAUAACAUUUCUCAUUGUAUCUGCCAGUCAUGUGAUUGUUGUAUAUAUCCAACUCUUCAUUUCUAAUUGUCCAUUUAUUCAUCAAUUAUAUGUUGCUUUGAUUGGUGCAAAGUAAAUCUUAGACAAGGGGAAGUAUGAAGUAAAUAGGUGAAAACAUGCCUUUCUAGUCCUAUCAUAUUAACAUAUGAAAGAUGUUUAUGUAAUAAACUGAAGUUAUCCUGUAUUUGUGAUAUUACAUCAGUUAGUGUGAUCUUUUAUUUCGAGCAACAGAUCCCUAUUUUUUUCUUUUUUAUUUCUUCUUUCUUUCUUUUUUAAACAAACACUUUAUUCUCUUUCAUGCUUUCACUGUCCCUUUUUUUUUUGUUCUCUUGUUUUUUAAAAAAAUAUUUUGGUCUAUUAAAAAAUGGUAGGGUAAUUGUAUAUUACGGAAUCUGCAAUUUUUUUUUUAAAGUUAAUGUAGUGACUAACUGUGUUGAAUGUUUGGAUGAAGAAUUUUCUUUUUUCGCUUCUCUAGAUAGUAAAAUAAUAAUUAAAAAAAAUGAGUUGUUUUGAGGUACUUAAUAUACAAUGUUUAAAAUAGCUUUCAUUAUUUACAGUAAUGGACAAAUGAUUAUAAAUGUUAAUUGUGUUAUAACUUUUAUAAAUUAGAUGUGUCAAUUAAAAAAUAAAAUGAUCUUAAUUUACUCAGUAUUUUAAACAACUGCAUUAAUAAUUUGAAUGAAGUAAAAGAGUUAGUUUUCAGUUAAUAAUAAAUCGUGUGUUUGAAUAUGAAACAAAGAUAUUUGCUAUUCAAAAUUCACAAGUAGCUGUUUAUAAUACUGUAAUUUAUUUUUGGAUGAUCAUUUCCAAUUAGUAUUUUUUAAAGUGGCUUAAUUUUUUUUUUUACAUUUUUCUUGCCAUAGAAUGAUUUUGUAUGUUAGAUUAUGCCAUAGAAUGAUUUUGUAUGUUAGAUUAUCUUAAAACAUGUGUUUUUGUACAGAGUAAACGAGCAACAAAAACUAAAAUUUUGAAGUAUUUAAAUUUUCUGCAAUGUAUUGUCUUUCUUCUUGUAAAAAAGUUGUGCAAAAUAAAACUUAAAAUAUGUUUUACCUCAAAAUUUGAGAAAGGAUGAUGAUUAUGUUUGCAAUUUUUUAAUAUAUUUUGUGAUAAAGUAUGCUUUAUUUUUUUUAAGAAUAUUAAUUGGAAUAGAAGAGGAUUCAUUAUGGAUUUAAUUUUUAAUAACAUUUAUUUGUGUAGUAUGCUUGUUUCAUAUAUAUUGUAUGUCUUAAAAGAAUGUGAUUUAACUGUAAGAUUAUUUUAAUAAUGAAAAUGUGAGUAUUGUUUUUAAAAUGUGCAUUAAAAAUGGAAAUAAUUGUAAAAAUAUUAAUUUUUGUUGAGCUCUAAAUGUAGAUUAGUGCUUGUUAACAUUUUAAGAAGUUUUCAUAAAAUGUAUUGCCUCAUAACUUUGUAAAUAGACAGUUUCAUAUUUUCCACUAUUUAAAGGAAAAUCUGUGGUUGCAAUCAUUGAAAUUUUAUGUGUGUUGCAUUUGUGCACAGGAACGUUAGACUGCACAAAUCUCUACUGACUUGUGAUAAAAUUUAUUUCAUUUUUAUGACUCAUUAAGUUUACAUGUGUGUGGGUUGUAUGUGAAGUAACGCAGCGUUUUUUGCACCAUUUUAAAAUUUUAUCAUAUGACUUAAUGGAAUCAUCAUCUGUGUGACCUCACUAUCUGUGGACAUGCUAUUGUUGGAAAAAAUAUAUUUUGAAGAUAGUGUGCAAUAGUGUAUUUGAAGGUUCUUAAGAAUGAUAAUGCACUUUGAAUUGUCAUGUGCCACAGCAUGUCUAACUUUUAUAGAAAAUAAAGAGUUAUUUGAUCUUUGUUU